AGCGGCGGAGGGAGUGUCCCGACUUAAACCGGAGCACUGAGUCCCCGUCCGGCUCGGGGCUUUCAUUGAAUGGCCGUGAUGUCCGGAAUUCAGCUUUUCUUCCUCACUGGACUCAUUGUCGGUUCCUUCGCCCAGAGCCCGGAGCCCGCAGCCGGCUGUCAGCUCUACCCGUUUAACGUGACCAUCCGGAGCGACGGGCCGAGCAGCUGCCGUGGGAGACAUGUCAGCCACGCGUGUGUGGGUUACUGCGAGUCCAGCGCCUUCCCCUCCAAGUUCUCGGUGCUCCGGGCUAGCGGUUUCAGGCACAUCACCACCUCGGUCUCUCAGUGCUGUACUAUCGGCAGGCUGGAGAAGGUGCGGGUGAGCCUGUCCUGCGGCGAGAGGACGGAGGAGCUGGAGAUCUUCACGGCCCGGAGCUGCCGCUGUGACAUGUGCCGACAGUCGCGGUACUGA